AUGGAACUCCACAAACCCCUCGCACCAACAAGAUCAUCAUCCGCUACAUUCCCUCUAACAAAAUCUUCAACCCGACAAUCUAACUCCGACAUCUCCUCCCUCACCCAAAGCCAAAGCCCAUCUCACUCCGGCCGCUCAGAAGACCGCCAGAUCUCUCCUCGCUCAACCCGACCCUCCGCACCCCUAGACCAACCCAGCUACGACAGGACUCGCUCCCGCCAUAAAUACAGCAAGUCGCGGGAGCUGCGGUUCCCGCGGCCGAGCCAAUCAACGUCGGCUGCGCGUGGACUACUGCCUACAUGGUCUGAGUCGAAGGAAAAGGAUCGAGAGGAUGGGUUGCUGAAGGUGAGAGAGGACGGACGAUGGGGGUCUGAUUCGGAGAGUCGGAGGGGGAGUCUGGUUGAGAAUGAUAGGUUAGGGCCGAUCGGGAGGGAGAUUCAGUCGUUGGAGGAUUUGGAGAGGGUUAAGAAGAGGAGGAAGCUUGGUGAGGAGUAUGUUCUUGCUUGCCUGCUACUAUCACUUUCUAUAUAUCUACGCUCUGCAUUGACGUCCAUUGGAACUUUAGCAACAGACGUUACGCGUCGACUCGAUUACACCUACUAUAAUCUCCUCGAGAAGAUAACAGCUCUAAACUCAACAAUCUCCUCCUUUCAAGAACUCUCCGACUCAGCCUCAACAUUGUUGAACGAUUUUGAACGCGAAACAGCAAGCCUGGACCAAGAUAUCCGCAAACAAAUUAACGAUCUACAAGGCUUCACACCUCAGAUUGAAAAAGCCGAUGCUCUCGAACAACGCAUGAAAGCUGGUCGACAGCGCGUGGAGGAAUUAGGCAAGCGUCUUGAGACUGUACGACACGAGAUUGAUAGCUGGGAGCAGCGGGAAACAGAGUGGCAAAUACGGACCACGCGCCGACUACGCAUAUGGGGCAUCCUGCUAGGCGCCGUGGUGGUUCUUGUGCUCGCUCUCGUUUUUCAGAGCCAGAAGCAGAACCGGAAUGAGCACCGGACUGCCUUCCCCCGCCCCCCGCUGGAAUGUUUGACAACGUUCAUGAAUCAUGACCCUGUCCUACCUUGGGAUUCUGGUGUGAGAUCAGGUUCUGAUGCAGGGCCGACAUUCCCGUCCAGUCUAGCGGAUCGUCGUGAGAGUUUGGUGAAGGCUAGUCCUGGUCCGACUUCCACGGGUUCUGGAUAUGACCCUUUGCGCGUACUGGAUGAAUUGUGA